AUGAAGGCGCGGAAGCUCGGAUGGCUCGGACAUGCAGUGCGAAUGCAGCAGGAUCAGGCUGUGAAACAAAUGUACGCAAAUGUACGGGAGGGACGCUGCCUCGUAGAGAGGCCCAAGUACCGCUGGUUUGACGCUGUGCAAGGAAAUUUACGUCUACUGCAUCGUGAAACAUUAUUAAAAGUCCGUCUAUGGUGUGGCAUGGUGUGGCAUGGUGUGGCAUGGUAUGGCAUGGUAUGGCAUGGUAUGGCAUGGUAUGGCAUGGUAUGGUAUGGUAUGGCAUGGCAUGGCAUGGUAUGGCAUGGUGUGGCAUGGUAUGGCAUGGUAUGGCAUGGUGUGGCAUGGCGUGGCAUGGUAUGGCAUGGUAUGACAUGGUAUGACAUGGCAUGGUAUGGUAUGGUAUGGUAUGGUAUGGUAUGGCAUGGCAUGGCAUGGUAUGGUAUGGUAUGGUAUAGUAUGGCAUGGCAUGGCAUGGUAUGGCAUGGUAUGGCAUGGUAUGGCAUGGCAUGGAAUGGAAUGGAAUGGCAUGGAAUGGCAUGGAAUGGCAUGGAAUGGCAUGGAAUGGCAUGGAAUGGCAUGGAAUGGCAUGGAAUGGCAUGGAAUGGCAUGGAAUGGCAUGGAAUGGCAUGGAAUGGCAUGGAAUGGCAUGGAAUGGCAUGGAAUGGCAUGGAAUGGCAUGGAAUGGCAUGGAAUGGCAUGGAAUGGCAUGGAAUGGCAUGGAAUGGCAUGGAAUGGCAUGGAAUGGCAUGGAAUGGCAUGGAAUGGCAUGGAAUGGCAUGGAAUGGCAUGGAAUGGCAUGGUAUGGCAUGGUAUGGCAUGGUGUGGCAUGGUAUGGCAUGGUCACGCAACACUAAAGACGAUAAACGUUUCAAAACCCCUGGAGUAACUCAGACGGGUUCAGUCAACCCUGGCGCUUCCCGGUCCCUCAUUGCACUCCGGCGCAGUCAUUGCAACGCACCAACGCAAAUACAGAACAAGAUGCAGUGCUUCAUAUGCGUCACGUACAUGAUUGUACUAUGCACAGUUAAUCCUACCAAAACAAGAGAGAUAGGCAUUGGACACAGCAAGCGUUCGCUCUUUCACGACGUUUUGCAAUCGUUCAGGAUUCACGCUCAUCUACCCGAAGACGUAAAUCAAAAUGAGGAGAAUAACAUAGCUCAGAAUUAUGUCAAAUAUGUUCUCGAAAAUGACCGGCAAUUACAAGGAUACAAAGAUCUAAUGCCCAGAAGAAACGACCGACUAGAAAUGCCACCUAUGAAAUUCCGGUACCCGAAAAGUCUUCGCGUAAAUAAAAAUGACAACAAACCAAACUUGAAACAGAUUAAAACAAAUUUGAAUAUGAUUAUGAAUAAUAAAGAUAAAUAUGCUAAUGGAAAUUCCGAUGUAAAAGGAAUGCUUGCUUUACAAAGUGAACGUGAUUCACAAAAACCACAACACACUUCUUUAGUUAGUUCCAAACAGAAUCCACUUGGAAAUAAGGAUUCUCAAAGUGAGAGUCAAAUAGUAGUACUAACUAAUGAUUCAGAUUUCGGUGAGAUUGACUUCGACGAUUUAAUUACUACAAAUCCUUUCCAGGCUGUGGAAGAAAAAAAUACAAAAAAAUAUGCGGAAAACAAUAGCGAUCCUGUUAAAAUUACAGGACAGAGCAUGAACGUAUUAAAAACCAAGGAAAAGAAAAUUGAUGAAGACAUGAUCAUGUGUGAAACAAAAGAAAAUAACUUUAAGAAAAACGCUAAGACUGACUUUAGCAAAAUUAUGCAAAUUGUCCGUAAAAUGCUAAACUAUCACUGAUAUUUUAAUAUGAUAGUUGUCCUCAACAUAAGUAGCUUAUUUAAAAUUACUAAAAAUACUGUGUCAAUUCUUCGUCUGAUAUCAUAUUCUUUAAUAUUUAUGAAAGGCAUUUAGAAUAUUUUUCGAUAUUAAUUCUAAUUAGCUUAAGUAUUUUGUUAAACAUCCGAUAGAAUGUAGUCAGAAGCAAUUUAUAAAGAAUAAAUAGAUUUAAAUUAAA